AACCCUUAGUGUAUAAAACAGGCCCCUAUCAAACCUAUCAUCCCGGAUACAAUACAAAGAGGCAUUUCCGUACGAUCCUUGAUCAACAUUUGGGACAGUACAUACUUUAAGUGGACAUUAGUAUUAUAGACAGUACGGGGACUAGCAGUGCUAACCACUCCACCAUGACCAGUACAUCCACGAAGUGCCAAAAAUGGGUUCUUGCGAAAACCAUGAAAGGAGCUGCAACACUGUCACACUUUCGGUUAGAGGAGGAGGACCUUAUAACAGAUCUUCAGGACGGAGAGGUCCUCUGUGAAGCUGUGUAUAUCAGUGUUGACCCAUAUAUGAGACCAUAUGCAGAGCGCUGUCUCACAGAAGGUUCUAUGAUGAUGGCGGAACAGAUAGCAAGGGUUCUUCAAAGUAAAAAUCCACAAUUCCCUGCUGAGUCUUUGGUGUUGGCAAAUGUCGGAUGGCGGACACUUACCCGUGUGUCAGAUAUGACGUCACUCCGACAACUUCCUGUCAUGGGCGAUGUUCCGGUCUCUAAUGCUCUAGGCAUGCUAGGACUUACAGGUCUGACUGCCUACUGCGGUAUGACACAUGUAUGUAAACCAAAGUCAGGGGACACUGUCGUCGUGACGUCAGCAGGAGGAGCGGUGGGCAGCGUCGCCGGUCAAAUAGCCAAAGCAUCGGGUUGCAAAGUUAUUGGAAUAUGUGGAAGUGACGACAAAUGUCGCUGGAUUACACAAGAUUUAGGAAUGGAUGCUGCUAUUAAUUACAAAACUGAUGACAUUAAUGCAAAGCUACAGGAAACUGCUCCAGAUGGCGUGAACUGUUUUUUCGACAACGUCGGCGGUGAUUUGGCAGGGGCUGUGAUUUGUCACAUGUCAAUUGGUGGUCGUGCUGCAUUGUGUGGGGCGAUAUCACUAUAUAGUGAUGAUAUACACCAUCCUUCUCAAGGUCUGUCCAUAUUCCGGGCCAUAGUGGCCAAACAGCUGACCGUGCAAGGCUUCAACGUUCUGAAUUGGUUCAGCAGCUGGGACGUAGUAUACCGGGCUCUAUAUGAUUUAGUUACUGAGGGAAAACUUCGAAGCAAAGAAGUAAUAUACGAAGGAUUUGACAAACUACCAGAAGCAUUUCUGAAAUUAUUUCAAGGAGGAAAUUUAGGUAAAAUAGUUGUCAAAAUCCAGAACUGAAAACUGCUACGGACAUAAUGAUGACUGUAAUUCUGGUGUGUGUUCGUGUAAAUAGUAGACUACGACAGAAACAUGUUGUGUAAUCAAAUAGUCAGUCAAUGUAAGCAAACAAUAACUCGACAAGAGAUCUACAACUCAACAAGAUAUCUACAACUCAACAAGAUAUCUACAGCUCGACAAGAUAUCUACAACUCAACAAGAUAUCUACAAC